AGUGCGCUUUCUCCCCGCAGCAGCCGCACGCGCUCCUCAGCUCGAGCGUGUCGUUAAUACUAACUUUUACUCCGAGGAGCUUUCAUGAUUCCUGCUCUCCUCCGGCCGUUGUUCAUGUAAAUCUGUCUGCCUCUCGAAACACCGACACUCUGCUCUCCGCUGCUGCCCGCUGCCGCCUCUCCUCUUCCCGGAGGUUGUUUAUCCGGUUGGUCCGACGCACGGAGGCGUGAUGGAGAAGAUGUCCCGACACGCUCUCCCGUUGCAUCCCGCCUUUCUGCCGCCGAACCCGCACGGAGUUCUGAAGUCCCUGCUGGAGAACCCGAUGAAGCUACCGCUGCAUCAUGAAGCUUUUAGUAAAGACCAGGAGAAGGAGAAGAACCUGGAGGAGGAGCGCAAUGUCCCCCAGUCGGCUUUCCUCGGACCAACUUUGUGGGACAAAACCCUCUCCUAUGAUGGAGACACCUUCCAGCUGGAGUACAUGGAUCUGGAAGAGUUUCUGUCAGAGAACGGCAUCCCGUCCAGUCCCUCUCACCAUCAGCGGGAGCAGCACCAGGCCCACCACAUCCCACCGUGCCAGCCGCCCAUCAUGACCCCGGUGCCGUCCGCUCCGGCGCGCUUGGUGAUGGACCUCAGCAGCCACCCCUCCACCUCUGUCGUCUCCCCUAACUGCCUGCACAGCAGCCCGGCAAGAUCAGGCCUCCCAAACUCCAGAAACACCCCCAGCCCCAUCGAUCCAGAGUCCAUCCAGGUUCCGAUCAGCUACGAACCCGACCCGGCGGACUUGGCUCUGUCCAGCGUUCCGGGUCAGGAGAUCUUCGAUCCGCGCAAGCGCAAAUUCUCUGCCGAGGAGCUGAAGCCUCAGCCGAUGAUCAAGAAGGCCAGGAAGGUUUUCAUUCCCGAUGACCUGAAGCAGGAUGACAAAUACUGGGCUCGUCGCAGGAAGAACAACAUGGCAGCGAAGCGUUCCCGCGACGCCCGGCGACUCAAGGAGAACCAGAUCGCUAUCCGGGCGGCCUUCUUGGAGAAGGAGAACUCCGCCAUGAGGCAGGAGGUGGCCGACUUGAGGAAGGAGCUCGGACGGGCCAAGAACAUCCUGGCCAAGUACGAGGCCCAGCAGGGGCCACUGUGAUGAGGACGUUCACACAGGCUUCACACACACACACACACACCAGCGAUCCUCACCUCACUGCAUGCAGUUCUUAUUCCAACCGACUCGACUUGAUUCAACGUUAUGUUAACCUCCGGGCAGAAGUUUUUUCCAACGAAGUUGUUUGUUCCAGCAGCACAUCCUUUGUUUGCUUUAAGCAUCAGAUUUACACGAGCUGUGACUUUUAUCUGCUCUGAGUCGAGUAAAACACACACACACGCAUACAUAUAAAAAAUAUAUAUUUGUUAGGACUCUCUGUUGUCCAUAAAGACUCCUCCCAUGGACUUCUGAACCACGGAUCUGAUCCUUCAUGCUUUCGCUCCUCUUCAUCACCACCCUCUGGCCCAGCACUUUUACAACAUUGGAUCUCUCCUACAAACUCUGCCCCCUGCAGGUGUGCUUUCAUACUGCACCUGUUUUUAUGUAUAUAUGUGGCCCUGAAGACUGUGUACAUGAAUAAGCUCUGCCUUCUCCAAGUCAAACUUUCUCCUCUUUAUAUCUGAACCUUUAAGCUGUUUCUGAAGUCCUCAACCAGAUUCAAUGUUUAUGGCAUGAAGAAAAAAGAGAGAAAAAAGUAUAUAUAUAUAUUUAUUUCCUGCUAGAGAUCUAUUUUUUUAUUGUUUACACCCCCAAAAUAAUGGAAGAUUACAAAUUAGCUUUAAAUCCAUCAGGGAGUGUGUAUGUACACACUUUAAAAUAUGGAAAAUCUUUAGAACCCAAAGAGAUUCAGCACUUUCUCUCACCUUGUUUUAGAGGCUCCUGGUGGCGGGUCCUCGCUCAGGUUUAUCCAUUCUGCAGGUCUCACUGAGCUAAAAAAAAAAAAAGGUUUUUCAUCCAGAUGAAUUUUUGUCAUUUAAACUCAAAAUAAAAAAUGUCAUAAGAAACAUUUUUUUUUUUUUUCAAAUCUAGACAAACCUGAAUGGGUUGGAAAGAAACCAAACCCUGUGCAAACCAGCUGACUCUGAACAGAAAGACAUUUCUGUGCAAACUUUAGGGUGGAACAGGAUAUUUUCUGAAUGACCAAUUCUGUUAUCUUUCUAGAGUGAUGGGUUUUUUUCCCGUGUGAACCUUCUCAGAAUAUAACGUUCAUGAAACGUGACGAGUUCUUAGGAUCAGUGACUCAGCUGCCUGACUUAACUAACAAAAAGAAUCAAAAUAUUUCCAUCUGAAUUGUUAAUGUGUUUUGAAAUCAAUCCUAUAAUGUGGUUUUAUGACAACACAGGGUGUUUUUUUUGUUGUUGUUUUUUUUUUACAGUUCUUAGGCUUCGACAUGAAAACACUGACAAAACCAGAUUAGCACCUACAAUGAAUGGAUUGGCUUGGACAACAUUCAAUGUUGAGAUCAUAAAUGCAUAAAAAAACUGAUUUCAUUUCCUGUUGUGAGUUUCCGUGAUAUCGGGUGGUUGGAGUUUGUACAGCAUAGACGACAAACAUGUCACCAUGGCCUUAUGGGGGAAUAAUACAUGUCAUUCUACAUGCUGUUUUAAAACCCACCAACAUAGAGACCAAACUACAUCUAAAAUCCAUCAUUCUAUUUAGGUGCUAAACUCUGGGCUUUGUUUUUUAGGUCAGUGGCUAUAUUUCAGCACAUGCAGCACCUCGUUUACACAGGAAUAGUUGAUCUAUGUGAAUAUAUUUCAGGAUUCCAGCUGAGUUCUUGAGUUUUUUCAGCCACAGCAGAACUCUGCAGCUGCCACAGAAACUGACUCUGUCUAAACGUUCUUACAGUUACGAUGUGCCAGCAUGUGUCGGCCAUUAUGGUACACAUGUGGCUACAUAACCACAAUGGUGCAUUGAACAAGUUGAGAAAUGUCCAUCGUUUUCGCCAGUCCUCAGUUUUGACGCCACAAGUUGAAAAUAUAUUGAUGACUGGCUAAAAAUGCAGGGUGACAGCAGAAAAAUGGGGAAGAUUAUGGCUAGCUUAGUGUUUUGCUGCUUUCUGAUUGAACUUUAUUGUGGUCUGUACAUGUGCUAGUUUAAUUUCUCCAUUUGAUUCUACUAAAAUGAGACUAAAAUAUAAGCGGGCACAUCAUGUUGGAAAAACAGUUUUUAACUCGGCAGAAGUCUGAAAAUAUCAUUCAAACAGCUGCAAUGUUAGUUCCCGAAGUGUAUAUUCACUAUAUAUUAGUGACUUUAUAUUCUCUAAGUGAAUAUAAAGUCUGAAUUAUCCAACAUUGAAGUUAAAUGGCUAGUUUCUCAAAUAAAGCAGAAAGUAAUUUGAAGUAGCUAUCAGUAGGUCGUCUCUUGCUUGCAGGAGACAAAAAUUAAAUGGAUAAAUUAAAAAGGUUCAGCAGCUAGUCGUACCAAACCGGAGUGGUCAGAUUUAAGCCGACUAGAAUAACAGACAGAUCAUUUGAAAAGGCCGUGACACUUUUUAAAAAUAUUUAUAUUGAUGGGUUUGACUCAGUACCAUCUGACGGAUUGUAUAAUUUGUCUCUGGAGUUGCUGUUGUUCAUUUUCUUUCAUUGUCCAGCUGAUAAAACUGUCCCAAACUAAAUGUGCCAACGACGCAGCACAGCUCUGAAAGUGUUUUAACUGAUCUGCAAGUGUAAGAUAUGCUGUAAGUGGUACCUUUUUUGUUGUUGUUUUUUUUGCAACUGUCAGCCUUACAUUCAUGUGAGAAUUUAUUUCUCUAUCUCAAAAUUCAUAAAAAAUAAAAAGAAAGAAAACAUGUUUCCUCCUGCAGGUAAGAUACUGACUACUGAUCACUAUCUCAGAUAGCCCCUGUCAGCUAGCUAUUAGGAACCAACUAGCACAGGAGACACCUUGGCACAUCACAGAACCUGUACAUUUUAAAUAAAGAAAACUAUUUCCUUGCAGUUAGAAAAUGUUCAGUUUCAACUUGAAACAAAUUAAUGAAAACUUUUAAGAAUUGUCCAAUUGUUAGCUGUUUUGGUUUGGUUCAUUCGAGUCGUGAGGUUUUCAAAGGCUCUUCUCUGAAACAAAGCCCAACCCAAUGGCGGGUCGAGCCAUGAAUGUACAUUUAUAACGUUUUUAAUUGGAUGGAGUUGUGUUAUACUGUGGAACACCUUGACAUUCUUUACUAAAGACCAAACAAAAAUGGAAUAUCAAAGAAUAUAUUGAUUAUACGAGGUUUUAAUGUUUAUACAGAUUUAUUCUUGUUUUUUUGUCUUUUUUUUUUUGUACAGUUCGAUAUUACCUGUGUAUUUUGGAACACCUUUGUAAAAAAAAGAAAAACAACCAAAAAAUAAAACAAUAUAUCUAUUUCACAUAUAUUAUAGUAUAUAUAUAUUAUUAAUAUAUUACAAAAAUGGCGUUCGCACACGGUCUGGGCAAUGCAUGGGCAUUACGGAAAUGAUUCCUUUCCUCCCAGUGUCGUUGAAAUACCUCAGAUUCCUUAUUCAGGUUCCACAUCAAUUGGUCGCUAGGACGCCAUUUGCCCCUCCCCCUUUCUCUUCAGAUCUCAGAGAGGCCUGGCUGCCUCUGUGUAGAUGGAUGUAUAGUUUCUGCACAAAAGAAUGUAUUUCCCCCAACAUAGAGCACUGUUGGUUAUUUUUCCUCCCAUGCUUUUUUCUCCCUUCUUUUUUUAAUUUUUUUAAAAAUUUUUUGUUGGUUUGUCACUGUUGUUUCUCUUUAUCUCCUGCAUCCUAUGGUAACACUUUUUCUUAUUCUAACUGUGUUAUGUUUCUCAUGGUCAAUAUAUUAAAAAAAGAAAAUAAAACUCUUAAUCCAUAA